CGGUAACCGCCGCUUGCGAAGGUCACAUGAGCGCGUUCGUGUGACGCACGCCGGAAGACUGGGCUGGGCAUGAGGGAGCGAGAUAAGAACUGAGUUUAAUUAUCAAUAAACAGUUAGAUCGUGCUGAAGCGGAGGGAAAAAAAACCUUACCAGGAGAUGGCGGAAACCGUGGAGCUGAACAACGGGGUGCGGAUGCCAGUUUUGGGGCUCGGGACCUUCAAGCUCCGGGGGUAUGAGGCGGUGUACCGGGCGCUGGACGCGGCCCUGGCGGAGGGGUACCGCUCGUUCGACACCGCGGCGGUUUACCGCAACGAAGGAGACAUCGGCAGAGCCUUGAGGGAGCUGCUGCCCAGGCACGGGCUCACCAGACCGGACGUUUUCAUCACCAGCAAGCUGGGUCCCAAAGACCACGGCAGCGAAGCCCGGGCGGCCUGCGAGGUCAGCUUGGAGCAGCUGGGCUGGGGCUACCUAGACCUGUACCUCAUACACUGGCCUGGCAAGCAAGGCUGGCAGUCGGAGGAUUUAAGAAACCGGGAGGUCAGAAGGGAAAGCUGGGAGGCUCUGGAGGAAAUGUACAAGAGCGGGCGGUUUAGAGCCAUCGGGGUGUCCAAUUACACCCUGACGCACCUCCAGGAGCUGCUGGGCAGCUGCAAGGUGAGCCCAGCGGUGCUGCAGGUAGAAUACCACCCCAGGCUCGUGCAGAACGAGCUCUUGAGCUUCUGCAGGGAAACGGGAAUCCACCUCCAAGCGUAUUCCUCCCUCGGGACGGGCAGCUUGGUCAAGGAGCCCAAAGUGCGGGAGGUGGCGGAGAGGUACGGACAGACCCCCGCCCAGGUCUUGCUGGCCUGGGCCCUCCGGCAAGGGGUGGGGGUCAUCCCCAAGUCCGGAGACCCCCAGCGCAUCGCGGAGAACGCGCGGGCGUUGGAUUUGGCGAUGUCGCCCGAGGACGUGCUGGAGCUGAGCUCGCUGGACUCGGGGACGCGAUACUGCUGGGACCCGCAAGGAGUCGUGUAGCCGUGAGGCUUCGAACCAGCACCAGCCCCCUGCUGCUGCGGCACCCAGUCCUGGGGUUCAGAGCUCCCCUCAAUGAAGUCUAGUAUUAUUAUUAUUAAUAUUGAAAUGAUCAGGAGCCAGGAGUUUGAGCAGGGUUAGAAACUCACACUAGCCCUGCUGCUGCUGCUGCUGCACCCAGUCCUGGGGUUCAGAGCUCCCCUCAAUGAAGUCUAGUAUUAUUAUUAUUAAUAUAGAAAUGAUCAGGAGCCAGGAGUUUGAGCAGGGUUAGAAACUCACACUAGCCCUGCUGCUGCUGCUGCUGCUGCUGCACCCAGUCCUGGGGUUCAGAGCUCCCCUCAAUGAAGUCUAGUAUUAUUAUUAUUAUUAAUAUUGAAAUGAUCAGGAGCCAGGAGUUUGAGCAGGGUUACAAACUCACACUAGCCCUGCUGCUGCUGCUGCUGCUGCUGCACCCAGUCCUGGGGUUCAGAGCUCCCCUCAAUGAAGGGGGACAGCUGAAAAACAAAUAAUAUGAAAUCUGAAGGUACUCGCUCAUGAUGCAUCACAACACAAACACAAAGCCUUGAUUUAAUAUUUAAUAAAAUUCUUUAUUACCACCACAUACUGCUCACUUAUUGCAAUACAAAAAAAAAGAUUGACAGUGUUUCUAAAAAGAGUGUUAACAUACCACAUUCAAGUAAUAAACGCAAUAUAAAGCCUU